AUGGAUGAUUGUAAGGCAGUCUCAACACCACUAUGUCCUAAUACCAAACUCUUAUUGGAGUACACCACUGAAGCUGUUCCCUUAACUCUUUAUAGGUUAAUCAUUGGUAGUUUUCUGUAUCUUACUGCUUCAAGGCCUAAUAUAAUGUAUUUAGUGGGGUUAGUGGCUAGAUUUCAAAGUAAUCCAAAGGUUUCUCAUCUUCAAGCUGCCUUCUCAGAUGCUGAUUGGGGUGGAUCUUUACCAGAUAGAAAAAGUACAUCUGGUUAUUGCUACACUCUGGGUUCAAAUGUGGUCUUGUGGCUGAGUAAAAAGCAGGACACUGUCUCUCUUUCAACCUCUGAAGCUGAGUAUAUAGUUGCCUCACAAGCUGAUGAGGCUGAUGUCAAAGUUGCCGAUGAAGGGGCUGAAUUGAGUAGUGACUUGGUGUUUCAAGCUGCUGUGGUCGAUUUUGAAGGUUGA